AUGACAAAAACUUACCUAGUCCCGCAGUCCCCAAACCCGUCCAAGCGCAACCUCCUCCUCAUCCACGGCCUCGGAGUCAACGCGAUGUGGCAAUUCGUUGACCUCCUCCGCCACGUCACCCCCCUAUGGCUUGUCAUGCAGGGUCGGCUCGGCAAUGCCAAGCACGUCCUCGACAAAACCUCAGACUCCGUGGAAGAAGCUCAGCUUCGGCUAGCCGACAUCAAAGAAGCCGCGGGCAUCCCCGAGCAUUGCACCGAAGACGUUGUUCAGGUCCCCAAGCACAGCCACGGCGAGGAGGUGUGGAAGGAAUUGCUCCUCCAUCCAACGCCCCCUGUUCGUCACAUUUUAAUGGCAGCCGUUGGUUUCCACUUCUUUCAACAGAUGUCAGGCAUCGACGCCCAUGUUUUGUACAGCCCAAGGAUCUUUGAAAAGGCUGGGAUCACUGACUCCAGUAUGUUGCUGCUCGCAACAGUGGCCGUUGGAUUUUCCAAGACCGUUUUCACCCUGAUUGCCAUAGGUUUCCUCGAUCGGGUUGGACGAAGCCCGUUGCUUCUAACCAGCGUGGCCGGGAUGAUAGCCUCGCUUUUCUGCCUCGGUACGAGCCUCACAAUCGUCGAUCAUGAAUACGAGAAGAUGAUGUGGGCGUCUGUUUUGUGCUUGACCAUGGUAUUAGCCUACGUCGGGUUCUUCUCGAUCGGGAUGGGGCCCAUUGCGUGGGUCUACAGCUCUGAGAUCUUCCCGUUGAAGCUACGUGCUCAAGGUUGCAGCAUGGGAUCAGUUCCACAACCCCAGAAACCUUCUCUUAGCUCUGGUGCGGUGAAGGUGGAUGAAGUUGCUAAUACUAUAUUUCGGUGUUUAUGGGAUAUGUGGCUUGGGCUUCAAUGGCUGUGGUGGAAAGAUUAUGUUGUCGGGCAUGAAUGA